CACAGUUCGCGUUGAAACGACGCCGGUUCAGGUCAACGCUAGCAAAAGAAACCGCACAAGAACCCGCCUCGUCCAUCACCAACCGCCUAAAGGGUUGUUGGUUUUUUUACUCAUUUGCUGACAUAUAGCGUGGUCCAUCUGAGAGAUGGGACGAGAGAAUGACUCUAAAGGCGACAGGAAGGCUAAGCAUAAACCAACGAAACUGAAGAAGCUAAGUGGCCCUGAAAGCGCCGGUGCCGGUGGAGAUACAGCCAAGAGCAGCACAAAGCCCACAAAAUCUACUGAGAAAACUGACAAUGGAAAGUCUAAGAAGGUCAAAAAAUCUAAGCCAGAGACCCCGGAUUCUACCGACAGUGCCAGCAAUCUGGUGAAACUGGAGUCAGAUGAUGAGGACUUCACUGUGAAAAAGAAAGGGUUGAAAAGGAAAAGAAUUAAAGACGAGCCCACGGAUGAUGUGUCACUUUCCAUUGCUACAACCACCCCUAAGAAGAAACCUAAGCAACUUGAGCAGAAAGACAAACGUGAGGGAGACGCUUCGAAAAAGAAGCCAAAGACGAAAACGGAGAAGGUGGUGAAGGAGGAGGAAGGAGAUAACCCGGUCUCAAAAAAACCGAGGAAGACGAAGGAGGAGGCAAAACUGCUGAAGAUCAAAAAGAAGGAAGAGGAGGAGCAGAGUCGCUGGAGAUGGUGGGAGGAAGAAAAGUAUGACGAUGGGGUGAAAUGGAAGUUCCUGGAACACAAAGGGCCCUACUUUCCACCUGAGUACCAGGCCCUACCCGACAACGUAAACUUUUACUACAACGGUAAGAAGGUGAAGCUGAGCCUGGCAACUGAGGAGGUGGCCCUGUUCUUUGCCCAGAUGUUGGACCAUGAGUACACCACCAAAAAGGUCUUCCGGGAGAACUUCUUUAUCGACUGGAGGAAGGAAAUGACGAACGAGGAGAGGUUACUGAUCCAGGAUCUUGACAAAUGUGACUUCAGCGAGAUGCAUGCCAUGCACAAAGCCAAGGUGGAGGCCAGGAAAAACAUGACCAAGGAGGAAAAGCUGGUUAUAAAAGAAGCCAAUCAGAAGAUAACGGACGAGUAUGGCUACUGUAUGCUGGACCGUCACAAGGAGCGCAUUGGCAAUUUUAAGAUUGAGCCUCCGGGGCUGUUCAGGGGUCGAGGUGAGCACCCUAAACAGGGCAUGCUGAAGAAAAGGAUUCAGCCAGAGGACGUCAUCAUCAACUGCAGCAGAGAGUCCUGUAUCCCAGUGCCACCUGCUGGUCACCGGUGGAAAGAGGUUCGACACGAUAACAGCGUGACGUGGCUGGCCAGCUGGACUGAGAACAUCCAGGGUGCCAUUAAAUACAUCAUGCUCAGUGCCAACUCCAAACUCAAGGGAGAAAAGGACUGGGAGAAAUACGAGGUCGCUCGGAAACUGAAGACACUUGUGGACAACAUCCGCUACCAGUACCUUCAGGACCUUAAGUCUAAGCUGAUGAAAACACGCCAGAGAGCCGUGGCGCUCUAUUUCAUCGACAAGCUGGCGCUGAGAGCUGGUAAUGAGAAGGAGGAGGGAGAAUCGGCAGACACAGUGGGCUGUUGCUCGCUACGCGUUGAGCACAUCACCCUGCAUGAGCAACUGGAUGGAAAGGAUAAUGUGGUGGAGUUCGACUUCCUGGGUAAAGACUCAAUUCGCUACUACAACAAGGUCCCCGUCAUUAAGCAGGUUUUUAAGAAUCUUAAAAUGUUUAUGCAAAACAAAGAUCCUGGGGACGAGCUCUUCGACCGCCUCAAUACGUCUAUUCUGAACAAGCAUCUGAGUUCUCUGAUGCCGGGUCUGUCGGCAAAGGUCUUCAGGACCUACAACGCCUCCAUCACGCUGCAGGAGCAGCUCACCAAGCUCACCAACAAGUCCGACAAUGAGGCAGAGAAGCUGUUGUCCUACAACAGGGCGAACAGAGCAGUUGCUAUUCUGUGUAACCACCAGCGGGCGCCACCAAAGACCUUUGAUCAGUCAAUGGCCAAUCUGCAGGUCAAGAUCGAUGCCAGGAAGGAAAAGCUGGCCCUCGCUAAGACGGAGCUGAAACAGGCCAAGACGGAGGCCAAGACCAAAGGCAACCCAGACCCGAAGCUGCAGGCGCUGGUGAUGCGGAAGAAGGCGGCAGUGACGCGUUGUGAGGAGCAGCUGCUGAAGAUGGAGGUGCAGGCGACUGACAGAGAAGAGAACAAACAGAUCGCACUGGGUACCUCAAAGCUCAACUACCUAGACCCACGCAUCAGCGUGGCCUGGUGUAAGAACACGGAGGUACCUGUAGAAAAAAUAUACAAUAAAAGCCAAAGGGACAAGUUUGCCUGGGCCAUCGACAUGACAGACGCAGACUUUGAGUUCUAACUGUCCAAUCUUCUUCAAAACAUGUCUCAUUAACUUUACAUUACAUUUAGCACUUAACUGUUUUCCUUUUUUUUUUUUUACACUUGCUGAUGUAUUCUGAGAGUGACAUCAUGUCUUAUCUUUGAGACAUGUUUUGUUUACUGUUUAUUUCUCUUUGUUAGUGUUCACACUUCCCUCUGAUGAUCACUGAUUGUGAGUGGGUUUUCUUUGUGCACUUGUGUUUUCAUUACUGCGAAUAAAGAUUCCAAUUAUGCA